UUUUCUCAGCUUCUCUAAGCUCCAAGCAGAUUUCGGAUUUUAUUUGAAGUCUGUACUGCUGUGAGUGCUUUAAACCCUGACUUGGAAGGACCUUCACCUUGAAGGAGACUUGUGAGCAGUCUCCUGCCCUGUGUAUGUGUCAUAGAACAUCAGAACCGGAAGGCAACAUUUGAACCCAGGCUUUCUGACUCCAAAUCUGAUGCUGCUGCUGCUACUGCAUCUCCUUCUUCCCUUGGGUUCUGAUGGGGCCCAGAACUCCAACACAACCUCGGAAGGCUGCCAAAUCAUACACCCACCAUGGGAAGGGGGGAUCCGCUACAGGGGCCUGACCCGAGAUCAGGUUCGGGCAAUCAACUUCCUGCCCGUUGACUAUGAGAUUGAGUAUGUGUGCCGGGGGGAUCGUGAGGUUGUGGGUCCCAAGGUUCGAAAAUGUCUCUCCAAUGGUUCUUGGACAGAUAUGGACAUGCCAAGCCGGUGUGUACGUACCUGUUCCAAGUCUUAUCUGACACUGGACAAUGGCACAGCUUUCCUCAGGGGAGGGAACCGUCCAGCCCUGGAUGGUGCCUGGGUGGAUUUCAGAUGUGACCCUGGUUUCCAUCUAGUGGGCAGUUCCCGAAGCAUCUGUGCCCGGGGACAGUGGGACACCCCGAAGCCCUCCUGCCAGGUGAAGAGAACCACAUACACAGCCCCCUCCUCAGGCCGGCGCGCCGUCUAUAUCGGGGCGCUGUUCCCCAUGAGCGGGGGCUGGCCCGGGGGCCAGGCCUGCCAGCCGGCGGUGGAGAUGGCGCUGGAGGACGUGAACAGCCGCAGGGACAUCCUGCCCGACUACGAGCUCAAGCUCAUCCACCACGACAGCAAGUGUGAUCCCGGACAAGCCACCAAGUACCUAUAUGAGCUGCUCUACAACGAUCCCAUCAAGAUCAUCCUCUUGCCAGGCUGCAGCUCUGUCUCCACCCUUGUAGCAGAGGCUGCCAGGAUGUGGAACCUCAUUGUGCUUUCUUAUGGUUCGAGCUCACCAGCCCUCUCAAACCGGCAGCGUUUUCCCACUUUCUUUCGAACGCAUCCAUCAGCUACCCUCCAUAAUCCUACCCGGGUGAAGCUCUUUGAAAAGUGGGGUUGGAAGAAGAUUGCCACCAUUCAGCAGACGACUGAGGUCUUCACUUCGACUUUGGAUGAUCUGGAGGAACGUGUGAAGGAAGCAGGAAUUGAGAUUACUUUUCGUCAGAGCUUCUUUUCUGAUCCAGCUGUGCCGGUCAAGAAUCUUAAGCGCCAGGAUGCUCGCAUCAUCGUGGGACUUUUCUAUGAAACUGAAGCUCGUAAAGUUUUCUGUGAGGUUUACAAGGAACGUCUCUUUGGAAAGAAGUAUGUCUGGUUCCUCAUUGGCUGGUAUGCCGAUAACUGGUUCAGAACCCCGGACCCAGCCAUCAACUGCACUGAGCAGGAGAUGGCAGAAGCAGUAGAGGGACACGUCACCACAGAGAUUGUUAUGCUAAACCCGGAGAAUACUCGUGGUAUCUCUAACAUGACAUCCCAGGAGUUUGUGCAAAAGCUGACCCAGCGGCUGGGGAGCAAGAAAGCUGAGGAGACUGGUGGCUUUCAGGAGGCGCCGCUGGCUUAUGAUGCCAUCUGGGCUUUGGCUUUGGCAUUGAACAAGACGUCAGGGGGCGGCGGGGUACAUUCGAGUGGUGGCGUGCGACUGGAGGACUUCAACUAUAACAACCAGACCAUUACAGACCAGAUCUACCGCGCGAUGAACUCUUCCUCCUUUGAAGGAGUCUCUGGCCAUGUGGUAUUUGAUGCUAGUGGUUCUAGGAUGGCUCGGACUCUCAUUGAACAGCUGCAGGGUGGAAAAUAUAUGCAGAUUGGCUACUAUGACAGCACCAAGGAUGACCUCCACUGGCUGGGUGCUGACAAGUGGAUUGGAGGGUCCCCCCCAGCUGACCAAACCGUGGUCAUCAUGACAUUCCGGUAUCUAUCCCAGAAGCUCUUUAUCUCAGUCUCAGUACUGUCCAGUUUGGGCAUCGUGCUGGCCAUCGUUUGUCUGUCCUUUAACAUCUACAACUCUCAUGUCCGGUAUAUCCAGAACUCACAGCCAAACUUGAACAAUCUGACUGCUGUGGGCUGCUCCUUGGCUCUAGCUGCUGUUUUCCCACUUGGGCUGGAUGGCUACCACAUUAGGCAAGGCCACUUCCCCUUUGUUUGUCAGGCCCGACUCUGGCUUUUAGGCCUGGGUUUCAGUCUGGGGUAUGGCUCCAUGUUCACUAAGAUCUGGUGGGUCCACACAGUAUUCACAAAGAAGGAAGAAAAAAAGGAAAGAAGGAAGACUCUAGAAUCCUGGAAACUUUAUGCUACAGUGGGGCUGCUGGUGGGACUGGAUGUUUUCACGUUGAUUAUUUGGCAGAUUGUGGAUCCUUUACAUCGAACUAUUGAGUCUUUCACCAAGGAGGAGCCAAAGCAAGAUAUUGAUAUCUCCAUUCUACCCCAGCUGGAGCACUGCAGCUCCAAGAAGAUGAAUACUUGGCUCGGUAUCUUCUAUGGGUAUAAGGGACUGUUGCUGCUGCUUGGGAUUUUCCUUGCCUAUGAGACCAAGAGCGUCUCCACUGAGAAAAUCAAUGACCACCGUGCUGUUGGCAUGGCAAUCUACAAUGUGGCGGUCCUGUGUCUCAUCACUGCCCCAGUCACUAUGAUCCUGUCCAGUCAACAGGAUGCUGCUUUUGCCUUUGCUUCUCUUGCCAUUGUAUUUUCCUCCUACAUUACCCUAGUCGUGCUUUUUGUGCCCAAGAUGCGGAGGCUGAUCACCAGAGGAGAGUGGCAGUCUGAGGCCCAAGACACCAUGAAGACAGGUUCAUCUACUAAUAACAAUGAGGAAGAGAAAUCACGACUCCUAGAGAAAGAGAAUCGGGAGCUAGAGAAGAUUAUUGCUGAGAAAGAGGAACGUGUCUCUGAACUUCGCCAUCAGCUCCAGUCUCGGCAGCAGCUCCGUUCACGGCGUCAUCCCCCAACGCCCCCAGACCCUUCAGGGGGCCUUCCUUGUGGUACCUCUGAGCCACCUGACCGGCUCAGCUGUGAUGGGAGCCGAGUCCAUUUGCUCUAUAAGUGAGGGAAUGGAAAUGAUGGGAAGGGAAGUAGAUAAGGGCUUUUUUUUGGGGAAGGGAGAGGAGUGG